AUGGACAUCAACAACACCGGCAGUUCGACUUUAAACGCUUCGUCGACGUACGUAUUCGCCCCGGUGAACUACACCGUCAAAGUCGUUAUUGCAUGUUCAUAUGCAACUGCUGCGGUGUUUGGACUAAUAGCGAACUUGUUGAUCUUUUAUUUUACGCAAAGAAAGCCAUCCAAGAAAACGGCAUUCAACCGCAGCUUCUUGAUMGAUCGUUUCAUUCAAAGUCUAUCUCUCUCUGACAUCUUGAGUUCUUCGGUUAGUGUGCCUGUGUUUACAACUGAGAUGUUCGUGGAUUUUAUCAAGACUGACUUAGCUUGUAAAGUCGUUAGAUUCAACAAUAUGUAUUUUCUGAUAGCCACAGUAAUGAAUUACUUAGUAAUAGGCGUUGAACGAUACUUUGCUGUGUUUCAUCCACUUCGUCUACCAAGUGUUAAGACAGGAARGCGUUUAGUGUUAGCGGCGUGGAUGUUAGCGGCAGUUUUUGAUAUGCUAGCACAAGUCUCGUACAAUCUCGUGCGCUUUGAUAUAGAUGAUGACARGUAUACUCUAACUUGUAAGUACAACAACUCAACCAAACUCUAUCGUUCUUUCUUUUUAAGCUUUACCGUGUUAGUUUUCGUUAUUCCUUGYAUUUUUCUCGCAUUUGUGAGCAUCAGGAUUUUGAAGUUUUUGCGCAGAACACGACGCACUGCAGCAGACAAGAAUCCACGAGUUGCCCGUGCAAACCUACGAAGGCAUAAAACCACACACAUGUUUGUGUCACUCAUAUUUGCUUUCAUAAUACCUUACUUAGUUUAUUUUUUGUAUAGCGGUGGAGCCAUGAUUUUUAAGCUGAAAGUCUCUUUCACGCAGGAUUACAUUACUCGUUAUGUAACUUCUUAUCUAGGGUGUGYAAAUGGCGCGAUCGGUGCUUCUAUUUUAUUCUAUAACUCAAGAUAUCACCGAAGAAAGCUGCUGGCAAUGUUUCGCAGAGUUCUGCCAGCAUGA